ACCCACCCGUCACCAACGUGUUGCAAAAAUACUAGUAUAGAUUAGUACGUUUCUAAGUAUAAUUUUUCUGUUUAUUUUGGUUCAGUCACUUAAAUUCCUCAAGGAUAUGGAUUUGUCGGGAUCGCUAAACCUGAAAGAAAUCCCAGAUCUUUCAAAGGCGACCAAUCUUGAGACGCUGAAUCUUAACGGUUGUUCAAGCUUGGUGGAGCUUCCUUCCUCUAUUCUGAAUCUCAAUAAACUGACGGAUUUGAACAUGGCUGGAUGCACAAAUCUGGAGGCUCUUCCAACUGGCAAACUGGAAUCUCUUAUCCACCUCAAUCUUGCUGGAUGCUCACGGUUGAAGAUUUUCCCUGAUAUCUCUAACAAAAUCUCAGAGCUUAUUAUAAACAAGACUGCCUUCGAAAUAUUCCCUUCUCAACUGCGUCUAGAGAAUCUAGUUGAACUUAGCCUGGAGCAUACAAUGAGUGAGAGGUUGUGGGAAGGAGUUCAGGUAUGAAUUAUUUGCUAAAACUUUUCAAUUACUAAUUUUUUAAAUAUAUCAAAUAUAUAUUAAACGUUAUAUCUUUCAAAGACUAAAAGCUUUUCUAAAUA